AUGUGUAGACAGGAGCUGCGUGACCUGCAGCCCACCCUAUUGGAUGCUGCCACGUAUGCGGAGGAGGCAUAUCUUGUCACGGACCAAAAGGACAUAGAGCUGCACAACGUGCGCGACUAUGCAGUGAGCAUGCCGGUGUCCGUGGUGGACCGCAUUGGCUUAGAGCUGUAUAACGUGCGGGACCAUGCAGUGAGCAUGCUCGUGUCCGUGGUGGACAGCAUUGGCUUGCUGCUGCUUGAUUUGAGCAUGCUAGUGUCCGUGGUGGACCGCAUUGGCGCUGCGGCCGAUCGCUUCACCGAUGCCGUCUCCCUGCAGGCCAAGGAGAUGGUUGCUGCUGACGUCAGAGUCGCGUCAGCUGCCGAGGUAUGGGUGUCCAUGCAUGCGAGCAUGUGCGAGAUGUGUGUGGGUGGGCGAGCAGGGGAGUGGGUGUCGGUGUACGCACGUUCUCGCAUGCAUGUGUGUCUGGGUGCGGCCGAUCGCUUCACCGGCGCCGUCUCGCUGCAGGCCAAGGAGAUGGCUGCUGCUGACGUCAUGGUCGCUCUCACGGACUCAUGCACUCUCUCUCUCACUCCCUCUCGCAACACAUGGGACACCGAGGCUCGCACGCUCGACAAAGCAAGGAGCCUACCACUCCCAAGGGGCACUUCCCCCUCGUCGCCUCCUCGUUGCACGCUGGAGGGGCUUCAGGUGUUGAUGACGUGGAGGGCAGUGAUAGGAGGUCCACCACGCCACAUCGGCGCGGCCGGCAGCUUCUGA